ACACCAUGACCCAACCCAAGAUCAAGUCCCGCUCCUCAUACGCGGUGGAGCUGGAAUGCGAUGAGCCGGAUACUCGACACUGGAUGCACACCUGGUGUGUGGACAAGAACGGAGGAGAGCUGGCAAGGGUGCCAGAGAUGCUAAGAGGGUCGGAAGCUACCAUCUUCAACUGCUUCGAGAAGGCAACGCAGGUUCAUGCCGAUAGAUGUUGCAUGUACACCAGGAAAGUCGAAGAGUGCAAGGUUGAAGGCAGCAAGCAAUUCUGGAAGAAAGGCCCGUACUCCCCUCGCACCUAUGCACAAGUCGGCCGUGAGGUGAAGGCUGUUGCCAAAGGGCUGCUGUCGUUGUCAGAGGUAGCAGAGAGGAGGAAGCAGAAGAAGGAGUGCAUCCUUGCCAUCCUCGCUGAGACUUCAGCGGAUUGGAUGAUUUCAGCACAGGCUUCGUUCGCAGCAGGGUGUACCAUCACCACAGUUUACUCGACGCUGGGACAUGAAGCGAUGCUGCACGGGCUGCUGGAGACUGAGGCAGUUCUGAUCUUCGUUGACUGGGGCCUGUACAAGACCCUCAAGGAUAAGGUUCUCGCGCAGUGUCCGGCCCUCAAGUACAUCGUCAUCAUCGGAGAAGACCUGGCACCGCUGUCUACCGUCGGGGCACCACACAACCCGUACCCGAAGCUGAAUGAGGCCUCGUCCUUCCCGCUCAUCGGAGCAGCCUCCUCGACUACCCUGCAGGAUCUCAUGAGCAUCGGACAGAAGGUCGACCUGGACCUGCAGGCCUUCGCUCCUCGUGCAGACGAUGUGGCCUUCAUCAUGUACACGUCAGGAUCCACAGGGGUACCCAAGGGCGUUAUCCUCUCCCACUCCAACUUCGUCUCCGUCCUCGCCUCCGUCAUCGCUCAGGACUGCGUGACCCCGAGAGCAGGCGACGUGCUCAUCUCCUACCUCCCCCUCGCUCACAUCCUCGAGCUCGUCAUCGAAGUCACAAGCAUGUGCCAGGGAGCAACGAUAGGAUACGCACACCCUCGCUCCCUUACCGCCUCCAGCCCCUACAUCAUGCACGGAGACAGCAGCAGCCCCGACUUGACUUCGCUCAGGCCCACGAUCAUGCCCUCAGUGCCAGCGAUCCUCGAGGCGAUCAGGACGGGGCUGAUGAAGAAGGUGGAGGACGGAGGAGGUCUCAAGAAGAAGCUCUUCUGGGGAGCGAUGAACAGAAGGAUGAAGAAACCUGCUGGCUGCGGCAUUUGCUCCUUCCUGGACAACACUGUGCUCGGCAAGGUCAAGAAGAUCGCUGGGCUAGAUCGUGUGCGGCUGAUUGUAUGCGGUGGAGCUCCUCUAGGAGCUGAGACGCAGCAGUUUGUGACUGCGCUGGUCAGUCCUGUGGCGCAAGGCUAUGGCGCGACAGAGACGACGAGCUGCGCGACUGUCCAGGAGGCAGUCAGGAGCGGGUCGCGGCCAGCAGACGAGACGUACGGGAGGGUGGGAGCGAUCCAGCCGGCGAAUGAGAUCAAGCUGCUGUCUGUCCCCGAGAUGAACUAUCUUGUCACGGACCCGGAGCCUCGAGGAGAAGUGCUGAUAGCAGGCAACAACGUGUCUGCUGGGUACUACAAGAUGGCGGACAAGACGGCGGAAGACUUCAGGAAGCAUGCAGACGGCAAGAUCUGGUUCCACACUGGAGACGUGGCUGUAAUGGAGAAGGAUGGAGCCCUGCGGAUCAUCGACAGGAAGAAGGACCUGAUCAAGCUCGCAGGAGGAGAGUUUGUAGCUCUCGGCAAGGUGGAGGCCUGUCUGAAGCAAGUGCAAGGGAUAGCUUGCGUCUGCGUCUUCGCCAAGUCCGACAUGAACUACUGCGUUGCUAUCGUGUCGCAGCCUGAGAAGGGCUGGGGGUCAGUAGGAGGACGACCUGACGAAGCUGUUCUGGUAGCUGACGCGACCAAGAAGCUGAGGGAGGUCGGACUGUCUCGGUUUGAGAUCCCUACCAAGAUCAAAGUAGACGACACCAUAUGGACUCCCGAGAGCGGGCUGGUGACAGCAUCGCUGAAGCUUCAGAGGAACCCGCUGCGUGCUUUCUACAACCAGCCAGGGGGUCUGCUGGAGCAGAUGGAGUAUAAGUUUUGAGCUUGUGUGGAGGGGUUUAAGAUUUUGAUGCGAAAGCGAAGAGAAAGUCAGGGAACAACAUGCAAGAAACUAGUUCAACUUGUUAACGAGGAGGAAUGAUGGUGAAACUCUCCUCAUUUCCCUUCGAGAUAUUUCUUGUACUGUUGGUGAAUUGUGCUGCAAACUCC